AUGGCUUCACUCACUUCACUCUCUCGUCUCUCUACUCCUACCCAUUUCUUUACACUAACUCUUCUCUUUGUCUUUCUCUCUCUUCCACUAACAGUUCUCUGUCGGUGCACGAAAUCACCUGUAAUAUUCAAUUUCGGCGAUUCCAACUCGGACACCGGUGGACUCGUCGCCGGACUCGGUUUUCCCGUCAACCUUCCCAAUGGUCGCACCUUUUUUGGGAGAUCAACCGGUCGACUCUCCGAUGGACGUCUUGUGAUCGAUUUUCUCUGCCAAAGUGUGAACACUAGUUUUCUGAGCCCAUACCUGGACUCGGUGGGGACUACAUUUUCAAAUGGAGCAAAUUUUGCAGUGGUGGGGUCCUCUACUUUGCCUAAAUACGUACCCUUUGCAUUGAAUGUUCAGGUUCUGCAGUUCCUUCAUUUCAAGGCUAGGUCCCUUGAACUUGUUCAUGCAGGCUCUGGAAAUCUAAUUGAUGAUGAAGGAUUCCAAAUCAAGAAUGCUAUUCAGGCUGUAUAUAGUCAAGGUGGCAGGAAAUUUUGGGUCCACAACUCAGGGCCAUUGGGCUGUCUCCCUCAAAAAAUCUCACUAGUUCAAAAAACUUCCAAAGAUCUUGAUCCUUAUGGUUGUCUUUCAAGUUACAAUGCUGCUGCAAAAUUAUUCAAUGAAGGUCUGCGCCAUCUGUGCCAAGAAUUGAGAACUGCAUUGAGAGAUGCUACUGUUGUGUAUGUGGAUAUAUACGCGAUCAAGUAUGAUUUCAUCGUCAACUCUAGCAAAUAUGAUUUCUCAAGUCCUUUGAUGGCAUGUUGCGGCUUUGGAGGACCUCCAUACAACUACAAUAUCAAGGUGACUUGUGGUCAGCCCGGGUAUCAGAUCAAAUCAUUGAAAGCAGCCAAGGUGAUGGUCAUGCUCCAUAAAUUUAGUAGGGAUCAGGCUGUGUUUGAGUUGGGCUCUGCCCCUUUUGUGCCAAACCAGGUAUGA